GAGCACGAGGUCGCGGGAUCGAAUCCCGGCCACGGCGGCGGCAUUUCGAUGGGGGCGAAAACACCCGUGUACUUAGAUUUAGGUGCACGUUAAAGAACCCCAGGUGGUCGAAAUUUCCGGAAUCCUCCACAACGGCGUGCCUCAUAAUCAGAAAGUGGUUUUGGCACGUAAAACCCCAUAAUUUUAAUUUUUUUCUUUUCUUUCUUUUUGAAGCUUCGGUGUGUGAUACAGUUGGGACGCACACCCUGUGUAAUCCGAUUAAAAAAAAAAGAAACGUGUUAAGAAGGGGAAACCGGAUCCACAAAAGCAUUUGAUCGAUGCGGAUUUCUGCAGCACGUGCGCAUAUAUACAGUUCGCCGUUAUACUUUGCGCGUGAUGUCGUCUACGUGGCUUUUGGGGACCCGUGCGCGGGCCUGCCGGCACCGAAGGCGCGCACACACACACACUCGUGCCCGCUGCAGAGCCAUGGGCCGGGACAAGUUUCCGGAGGCACCGCGACCGCGCUCCUGGUUCCCCAUCAUCGCCAUGAUCGUGCUCAUGGCGCUGGUCAUCUUCCCCACCGUCUUCUUCCUGCUCAGCCUCAUCUCGAAACAGAAAAAGGAGAAGACCACCGUCGCCCCAGCAGGCAACAAGAACAAGGCUGCAUUCUGGUUCUGAGUCGCAAGUCCGUGUCCGACACGCAUGGCAGCGACAAGGACAGCCUUCACUUUUCUCCAUUCGUGCAGAGACGCGUCUUCACCACACUGCUUCGCCCAUGACAAACGCCACAAAUAAAAACUCCUUGCCUGCUUCA